CGCGUCACCGGAGUGCGCGCGGAUCCCCUCGCCUCUUCGCCAGUGUGUGAGAGCCAGGGAUUUUACCGCCGCGCGGUGGGGACGGUGAUGGUGAUGGUGCUAUUGUUGAUGAUGGUGGACACGGCGAAAGCCAGCCGGCAGCAACUACUCGCGUGAAUUAUUUGACCGUGAAAAAAGGAGGAAAAACACUUUGCACAAAAAAAAAAAAAAAAAAAAAACCCACCAGGCUGCACCAUGCUGUCGCUGUCCGCGGUCCUGAACCCGCUGCUGCUGCUGCUGUGGUUGGGAUGCUGCCCUUCAGCGACCAUCAGACCCAAGGAGGGCUGGCAGGUGUACAGCUCGGCCCAGGAUGCAGACGGCCGCUGUAUCUGCACCGUGGUGGCGCCCGAACAGACCCUCUGCUCCAGAGACGCCAAGGGAAGGCAGCUCCGCCAGCUCCUGGAGAAGGUGCAGAACAUGUCACAGUCGAUCGAGGUUCUGAACCUGCGCACGCAGAGGGAUUUCCAGUACAUCAUGAGGAUGGAGAACCAGAUCAAAGGCCUCAGGUCAAAGAUCAGGCAGAUCGAGACGGAGAGGAAGAUGCUCGUCAACAUGAAUUUCCAGGAUCUGAAGGGUAAGAUGGAGGCCCUGCAGCCCCUGAUCCCCGUGCUGGAGCAGUACAAGACGGACGCCCGGCUGGUCACGCAGUUCAAGGAGGAGAUCCGCAACCUGACGGCCAUCCUGAUGGCCAUCCAGGAGGAGAUGGGCGCCUACGACUACGAGGAGCUCCAGCAGAAGGUGGUCAGCCUGGAGAGCCGUCUGCGCAGCUGCAUGAGCAAGCUCGCGUGUGGCAAGCUGAUGAAGAUUACGGGCCCCUUGACGGUGAAGACUUCAGGGGCCCGCUUCGGAGCCUGGAUGACAGACCCUCAGGCAUCCCCCCAGAACAACAGGGUGUGGUACAUGGACAGCUACACCAACAACCGCAUCGUCAAGGAGUUCAAGUCCAUGGACGACUUUGUGGCGGGGGUGGAGUCGCGGACGUACACGCUGCCCUUCAAGUGGGCGGGCACAAACCACGUGGUGUACAACGGCUCGCUGUACUACAACAAGAUCAAGAGCAACAUCGUGGUGCGCUACCACUUCGAGACGGGCAGCGUGGACAUACAGCGCGCCCUGGAGUCGGCGGGCUUCCACAACGUCUACCCGUACUCGUGGGGUGGCUUCUCUGACAUCGACCUGAUGGCGGACGAGCUGGGCCUGUGGGCGGUGUACGCCACCAACGCCAACGCCGGCAACAUCGUGAUCAGCUGGCUGAACGCCGACACGCUGCAGGUGCUACGCACGUGGAACACCGAGUACUCCAAGAGGAACGCCGGAGAGUCCUUCAUGAUCUGCGGCACGUUGUACAUCACCAACUCCCACCUGACGGGCGCCAAGGUGUACUACGCCUACGCCACGGCCACGUCGACCUACGAGUACACGGACAUCCCCUUCCACAACCAGUACUUCCACAUGUCCAUGCUGGACUACAACGCGCGGGAGAGGGCGCUGUACGGCUGGAACAACGGCCACCAGGUGCUGUUCAACGUCACGCUGUUCCACGUCAUCCGCACGGAGGACGACUCGUGAGGAAACAGCGGGGGGGGGGGGGGGAGAGAGGUACAGGGGGCGUGGUUGGAAAGGAAGUGCUACUUGUGACUCUGUGACGUCAAUCGAUUUGGUUAAUUUAUUUUAUUUAUUUAUUUGUUUUUUAACCGAGUAAAUGUUUUGGUUGGUUUUGACGGUUUGAUAUUUAUGUGUUUAUUGAUGUAUUGAUAUUUUUGACUUAUUUAUUUAUUCCAUAAAGAGAUAUACACCAUUGAUCACCAAAGUGGCUACAUCUUAUACAUAAUAUAAAGCACAAACUCAACAUAUAUAUGCAUCCAUUUUUUAAGGUGAGCCUGGAGGCGUUGUUUUCUAUUUCCCUCAAUAUUAUGCCGUCAUGGAAACACAACAUUUCAAAUGCUACGGGGAGAAAAAGCUGAAUAUCCAAUUUGAAAAAAUGUAAUCCGAAUGUAUUUCUCUUAACGACUUUGCUUGCAUAAUUUAGAGAAUUCCUUCUUCCUAUACAAGAAAGUAUCAAAUUGAUGUCAAGCAGACACAAUUCUAUAAUAACAUGUAGGUAUCAAGUGAAUCAUCAGAAGUGAAAACAGUAGGGAGAAGGGCAUGUGAAGACGUAUUUUAAGUUAAUGUAUAGGGUUUCAUUAAAAAAAACAAAAAAACACUUGUUAUUCAAUAUUUGCCACUGACUGUUAAACUUAAUUAUUUCUCAUUAAUUCCUGUGCUAUUAAAGUCUCUAAUCACAAAAACAUUGCUACCCUUUCAUUUAAUUUCAAUAUUAAAAUUUUUCAUUUCCUCAUUAAAACAUUCAAUCCUUACUCAUUUAAAUCUGAAAUAUCCUAUAUCCUUCUGUAAUUAAUCGUUAAUGACCUGUAUCGAUACUUGGCUAUUUUGUAUUUUUCAGCAACAACUUGAGGAGAGGAAGUGUUUGCCUUAUACCGCGUUGUACAUUCUGCAAGUGGGCACCAGCUUGCGUACAUGAAUGUUGGCUAUUACUCAUAGUGUUUAUACUGUAACUCUAUAGCUGUGUAUUUUGCAUUUGCGAAAACAUUGUCCAUGCCUCACUCAACUAUAUCAGAGGCAAUUUGUCAUUGACGCCCAAUAACACAAGAUCAAUAUUGUGAGCAAUUAUUUGCGUGAAUAACAAAUGCUCGAAAAAAAUAAAGUAAUUUAUGUUUU